GUCACCGCGUCGCUCUUCCAGUACGGCGGCGAAUUCAGCGCCAGACAGACAGACGAAAAAAAGAUGGCUAGUGUAAGUGAUGAAGACAUCGCCGUUGCGGAAGAAACAGGCCGCAGAUCAACUCGUUCCAAACGGGGCAAAACUCCUCAACCGGCUGCUCCGACGACGACGCGAUCUUCACGGCGGAACAGAAAACAGCCGGAACCGGAAGAAGUGCCGGAGGAGAAACCUGCCGCUGAAGAGGCUGCAGUGGACUCGGACGAACCGGACACCAAACAGGUCAUGGAACAGCUGCAGGAUCUGAUUGUCCCGGUGCUGGAAGGGCAGAACAAGACAGCCGAUGAAAACAGUUCUACGAAUCUGUUCGAAGAGUUUCAGGUGGACACGAAAUCGUCAUCGGAUAAAGAAGACCCCGGUGGAGCUCCGGAAGAAUGUGUCUUCAUAGCCAACUUGGCAGCCGAGGAAAAUGCCAACAGCCUACCUUCGGUAAUAGACGAAAAUUCAGCCUCUCGACCGGCUGCGGUCUCGUCCGUUGAAGAAACACUGGAAGACGUUCCGGUCGCACCGGAACCUCCUUCGCUAAACUUGAACGGCGACAACGACGCCGAUGAAGUGACCGGCAGCAGCGAUCAUGCCCUGGCCGAAAACGUCGCCAAUGGUCUCUGCGAGGAAGACGAUUCCAAAAACACCGAUCUAGACGCGGAAAUGGUUUCAGAGGACGAACUUCCGCAACCAGUGCAGCCUCAGGUUCACGACGCCGAAGAAGUAUCGGACGAUGAACUGCCGGGACCAAACCGGGCCGAACUACCACCGGAUGCGGAAGUGGUUUCCGAAGACGAGCUACCCAAACCCGAAGUGGAGCUCCCAACUGGUACGGAUAACGUUUCGGAUGAGGAACUGCCAGCCCCGGAAAAGGCAGAGCUCCCAGAGGACGCUGACAACGUCUCCGAUGAAGAGCUACCGGCACCCAAGAAGGCGGAAAUUCCUGCAGACGCCGACAUUGUUUCGGACGAAGAACUCCCUGCACCGAAGAAAGCAGAAAUCCCAGCCGAUGCCGACAACGUGUCCGAUGAGGAACUACCUGCCCCGAAGAAGGCAGAAAUCCCGGAAGACGCCGACAAUGUUUCGGACGAAGAUCUCCCCCCACCCAAGCAAGCCGAACUCCCCGAAGACACGGAGAACGUCUCGGAUUCGGAGCUACCGGUUGCGAAAAAGGCAGACCUUCCGGCCGAUACGGACAACGUGUCGGACGAGGAGCUGCCCGAUUCGGCCAAAAAGCGCAAACGCAAGGCGUCCGAGCUGGAGGACGGGGAGGGUUCCAACAAGAAGAAGGACCCCGAAGGCGGCAAGGGGGAGAAGCUGUCCAAGGCGGACGCCAAGGAGAAGAAGGAAUCAUCGGCCAAGCGCAAGCUGGAGAAGGACGACGACAAGGCGGAGAAAUCCGGAGAGGCUCCGGAGAAGAAGACCAAAGUGGAUGCCCCCGUUGAGCCCGAAAAGAAGAAACUGCCCGACUUGGAUAAGUACUGGAAGGCAGUCAACGAUGAUUCCACCGAUUUCACUGCCUGGACUUACCUUCUUCAAUACGUUGAUCAAGAAAAUGACAUCGAAGCGGCCCGCGAGGCGUACGACGCCUUCCUGGCCCACUAUCCGUACUGCUACGGCUACUGGCGCAAGUACGCCGACUACGAGAAACGCAAGGGCAGCAAGCGCAAGUGCGAGGAGGUCUUUGAACGAGGUCUGAAGGCGAUCCCGCUGUCGGUUGAUCUGUGGAUCCACUAUCUGGCACACGUUAAAGCAAACCAUGCCGAUGACGAAGCGACGAUUCGGUCCCAAUUCGAGCGGGCCCUGGCUGCGUGCGGUUUGGAAUUCCGAUCGGAUAAGCUGUGGGAAGCCAAUAUAAAAUGGGAGAACGAGGGCAAACGCAUUGACCGCGUGGUGGCGCUGUAUGAUCGUCUGUUGGCGACGCCAACCCAGGGAUAUGCCAACCAUUUUGAUCAUUUCAAAGAAGUGGCCAACAACAAUCCGGUUCAUACACUGGUCAGCAAAGAUGAGUUCCUGGAGCUGCGGGCUUAUGUGCGUGAAUCAGCGCGGAAACGUAAGGAAGAAAAAGACAAGAAACGUGCUGGGUCCCAUGAUAAGGGAAAAGAUAAAGACAAGGACAAGCAUGAUGACCAUAAGUCGUCAAAAUCGUCAAAAGAUAAGUCAGACAAACGAGACAAAAGUCAAGAACCGGAUGCGAAGGAAUCCAAAGAGGAAAAGGACAAACCCGAACCGAUGGAAACGGAAGAGGUGAAGGAGAAAACCGGCGAGGAAGUCAAAGAAGACGAGAAAGAGAACAAGGAACCGGUUGAAGAGGAAAAGACCGAAGAAAAAAUGGAACCCGAGCCAGAGGAAGAGAAGGAAGCAGAUGACCACGUAAACAGUCCCGAGGAAGCCGAAGCCAUCAAGGAUAAGAUUAUUUCACGACGCAAGAAGAUUCACAAGGCGACGGUUGCUGCCGUUACGGCGCGAUGGACCUAUGAGGAAGGCAUCAAGCGGCCAUAUUUCCACGUCAAACCGUUGGAACGUUGCCAGCUGAAGAACUGGAAGGAGUAUCUAGACUUCGAGAUCGAGCAAGGCGACGAGAAGCGCAUCUUGGUGCUGUUCGAGCGGUGUUUAAUUGCCUGUGCUUUGUAUGACGACUUCUGGCUCAAGCUGAUUCGCUAUUUGGAUUCACGGUCCGAGGAACCGGAGAUAAUUCCACGGAUCCGGGAUGCUUACGAACGGGCAUGCACGAUCCACCAUCCAGACAAACCGAACCUUCACCUUAUGUGGUCCGCGUUCGAAGAGACACAGAACAACGUUAACAAGGCGGCCGAAAUCCUCGCCAAUCUGGACAAGAUCAGUCCAAAUCUGAUACAGGUAGCCUACCGGAGGAUAAAUCUGGAACGCCGUCGGGGUGAGUUGGACAAGUGCGCUCAGUUGUACCAAACGUACCUGACAACGGCCAAGAACAAAACCAUCGCCGGCAAUGUGGUCAUCAAGUACGCCCGGUUCCUCAAUAAGAUCAAAAAAGAUCACGAUCAAGCUCAUGUGGUACUGAAGAACUACCUGGAGAAGGAUCCAUGCAACACGCGAGUGGCCCUGCAGUUGAUCGAUCUGUCGCUACAAAGGGAGACCGUCGAUGAGAAGGAAGUGGUGGAAAUUAUGGACCGUUUUAUGGGUCGCGAUGGGCUAGAACCGGACCAGAAGGUGCUGUUUGCUCAGCGGAAGGUAGAAUUUUUGGAAGACUUUGGCAGCUCGGCCAAGGGGCUGCAGGAAGCGCAGAAGGAGCUGCAGGCGAUCAUGGCCAAGGCGAACGAGGCCAAGAAGAAGCGGGAACAAUCCCCACCGAAGAAGUCAUCGAAGGAAAGUUCCUCGGCCAGUGCCGCUGUCACGGCGGCCACAUCGGCCAGCUACGCCACCGGAGGCUACGGCUACAGUGCCAGUGCCGCUCCCUCCUCGUACUACGGUGCCGCAUCCAAUCAGUACCAAUACGGAGACAGCUCAUCGUAUGGCUACAGCACUUGGAAUCAACAAUAUUCGCAGUCCGGCUAUGGAGGCUACAGCCAAUGGAGCGGUUACGGAAGCUACUACUAAGCAGUCGAUUUAGCGGUUUGCGAUGGGUUUUAGGAAUGUGCUUUUCUUAAUUUUUACGUUCGGGAACUAUACUACUUUGUUUUAUAGUGCAGUAGGGUCGAUGAGAGAGCACACUUUCCUUUUUGUAUACCUGGUAUCUUACUUAGACGACAGUCCGGAGCAUUUUUUCAUGUGCUCAGAAGGAGACUGUAGAAUACUUGUUUCUCUACACAUUUCCCCCUAAUCAAAGGGGGUAAGGACGGACUCUAGAUUUAAUAUAAUGCAUAUUAACAAAAUACGAUAGGUUUUGCGUGAUGUGUUUGGUGACCGCACCGAAUUCGAGUGAGUUCUGCUUUCAAGCACACAAAUGCGCAGAAAUAAAACAACGUUUUUUGGGGGGAUUUAGAAAUGUGACAUCUUUAUUUUAUGUUUCUUCUCUGAUAAUUUGCGAUAGUCUGGAUCUUCAGACAGAAAUAAAGCUAGCGGUUAUAUCGUGAACAAA